UGAAAGUUGGAAGGGGCAUCGAAGGGCACCUUAAAACUUGUCACCAGUGUAGGGACGCCAGAUUUGAUGAACAAAAAUACAGCCAGCUGGUCUCUUCUCUUCUCCGUCAUCCUAUGUGUGGUUGAAUUUGCUCCUUGCCAUGUCUUCUCACAAGACUUUCAGGAUCAAGCGAUUCCUGGCCAAGGAACAAAAGGAGAAUUGUCCUAUUCCCCAGUGGAUUCGAAUGAAAACUGGUAAUAAAAUCAAGUACAAUUCCAAGAGAAGACAUUGGAGAAGAACCAAGCUGGGUCUAUAA